CCCCCCCCCCCCCCCCCAAAACCAUCAUUAAAGCUGGCUUCCACAGCUUCUUACUCUCCAAGUCCAACAUCUCAAUGGAGAACUCAAAAACUCCCAAAAAGAUUCAAUUUUUAUGUCAUUCACAAUCAAGAAUUUGGAAAAUUAUCCCAAAGUUCAUCACUUUCCACUUCUUCAUUUCCCAAAACUCUUAAAUUACCUGUAAUUCAUAUGCCAAUUAAUAAUAUUCAGUCCCAAACAACAGUGUGUGUAUCCACUGAUGAGAAUCUUGAAGAAUUGGUGAAUUUGCAGAAAAUCCCAAAUGGGUUUUUGAAUAAAGAAUCAAAUAAGAGAGUUUUUAUUCAAGACCCACCUUGGGUUUCUUCACUUUUUAUGAAUAGUUUGUUUGUUAGAGCUAAACAGGUUCAAGGGGUGAGAAGGGAAUUUAGGGAAAUUGAGAGAAGGAGAAGGUAUGCUAUGUUGAGGAGGAGACAAAUAAAGGCGGAAACUGAGGCUUGGGAGCAAAUGGUGGAGGAAUAUAGGGAGUUGGAGAGGGAAAUGUGUGAGAAGAAACUAGCACCCAAUUUGCCUUAUGUUAAAAAGCUGUUAUUGGGUUGGUUUGAGCCAUUGAGACAAGCUAUAGAGAAGGAGCAGAACGCUGAGACGACCGUGAAACAUAGGGCGGCGUUUGCGCCACAUAUUGAUUCUUUACCUGCUGAUAAAAUGGCUGUGAUUGUGAUGCAUAAGUUGAUGGGAUUGUUGAUGAUGGGUGGUAAAGAAGAGAGAUGUGUUCAGGUCGUCCAAGCUGCGGUGCAGAUUGGCAUGGCAGUCGAGAAUGAAGUUAGGAUUCAUAAUUUCUUGGAGAAAACAAAGAAACUCCAGAAACAUAUGACUGGAGCUCAAAGUCAAGAAGAUAUGAGUAGGGAGACAAUGAUUCUAAGGAAACGGGUCAAAAGCUUGAUUAAAAGGAAUCGAGUAGUUGAGGUGAGAAAGCUGAUGAAAAGUGAAGAACCCGAGUCUUGGGGUCGGGAUACACAGGCUAAGUUAGGAUGCCGGCUUUUAGAAUUAUUAACAGAAACAGCUUAUGUGCAACGUCCAGUGGAUCAGUCUGCUGAUACUCCUCCUGAUAUUAGGCCUGCGUUCAGGCACGUAUUCAAAAUUGCUACAAGAGAUCCGGGGAAGAACAUUGUCAAGAAGUAUGGUGUCAUUGAAUGUGAUCCAUUGGUUGUUGCGGGAGUUGACAGAACAGUGAAACAGAUGAUGAUUCCUUAUGUGCCUAUGUUGGUGCCACCCAAAAAAUGGAGAGGGUAUGACAAAGGCGGAUACUUAUUCUUGCCCUCCUAUUUGAUGCGCACUCAUGGAUCUAGGAGGCAACAAGAUGCUGUAAGAGGUGUUCCCACGAAACAAAUGCAGCAAGUUUAUGAGGCCUUGGAUACCUUAGGAAGCACUAAAUGGAGAGUGAAUAAAAGGAUACUAAAUGUGGUUGAGAGUAUUUGGGCUGGAGGAGGAAAUAUUGCUGGCCUAGUGGAUCGCAAAGAUGUUCCCAUACCGGAGUUGAGCAACUCCGAUGAUAUAAUGGAAGUGAAAAAGUGGAAAUGGAAAGUGAGAAAAUCCAAGAAAAUCAACCAAGAGUUGCAUUCCCAAAGAUGUGACACAGAGCUCAAGCUUUCAGUUGCUCGGAAAUUGAAAGAUGAGGAAGGAUUUUAUUAUCCUCACAAUCUUGAUUUUCGAGGACGUGCAUACCCUAUGCAUCCUCAUUUGAAUCACUUGAGCUCUGAUCUCUGUCGAGGAAUCCUUGAAUUUGCGGAAGGACGACCACUAGGAAAGUCAGGAUUGCGUUGGCUGAAAAUACAUUUAGCAAGUCUUUAUGCAGGGGGGGUAGAGAAGCUCUGCUACGAUGCACGCCUUGCAUUUGUAGAAAACCACAUUCAUGACAUAUUAGAUUCAGCAAACAAUCCUCUAAAUGGAAAUCGAUGGUGGUUAAAUGCUGAGGAUCCUUUUCAGUGCUUAGCAGCUUGCAUCAACCUAUCAGAAGCUUUAAAAAGCUCGUCACCACAUACUGUCAUCUCCCAUCUGCCUAUUCAUCAGGAUGGUUCAUGCAAUGGCCUACAGCACUAUGCUGCUCUGGGGAGAGAUAGCAUGGAGGCCGCAGCCGUCAACUUAGUUGCUGGAGAGAAACCAGCUGAUGUUUAUACUGAAAUUGCUCUGAGGGUUGAUCAUAUUAUCAGAGGAGAUAGUAUCAAGGACCCUGCAAUUGAUCCUAAUGCUUUACUAGCCAAACUCCUAAUUGACCAGGUUGACAGGAAAUUGGUGAAGCAGACAGUAAUGACCUCAGUGUAUGGUGUUACCUAUGUCGGAGCACGUGAGCAAAUCAAAAGAAGAUUGGAGGAGAAGGGUCUUAUCGAUGAUGAUAGGCUGCUAUUUACUGCAUCUUGCUAUGCUGCUAAAGUGACAUUAGCUGCUUUGGGGGAGUUAUUUCAAGCGGCACGUGGCACAAUGACUUGGCUUGGUGACUGUGCUAAGGUGAUUGCUUUAGAAAAUCAGCCAGUGCGAUGGACGACACCACUGGGGCUCCCUGUUGUGCAGCCUUACUUUAAAACUCAGCGGCAUGUUAUAAGAACUUCUCUUCAAAUUUUGGCUUUGCAGCGCGAGGGUGAUGCAGUUGAGGUCAGGAAACAGAGAACUGCUUUUCCUCCAAAUUUCGUGCACUCACUUGAUGGUUCGCAUAUGAUGAUGACUGCUGUUGCUUGUAGGGAUGCUGGACUACAAUUUGCAGGGGUACAUGAUUCCUUCUGGACUCAUGCAUGUGAUGUCGACCAGAUGAACAGGAUACUCCGCGAAAAGUUUGUGGAGCUGUACAGUUUGCCUAUUCUUGAAGAUUUGCUCGAAAGCUUCCAGAAGUCAUAUCCAGCAUUAACAUUUCCUCCUCUACCAAAAAGAGGUGAUUUCAAUUUAAGGGAAGUUCUCGAGUCGCCCUACUUCUUUAACUGAGGAACUGAUGACGCUGAAACCCUUUGGACGAAAUGGUAUGUUUUGUUAUCUGAACAAACAUGAAGCUUAUAUGCGAAAAUGAUUGCUCGGACUUGUAUUCCAAUGAAACAUGAGAACUUUAUUUCGUUCUUGCACUGGCGCUUCUCAAGUAGUCCAUGUUCGUCACGGUUUACUACAUAAGUUCUAUAGGACGAUAAAGUCAAAAGCCUCGGACAUUUGCAGUAACAUUGUUGCAUACUGCAUCGGAGAGUACGCAAGUUCAACUUCAAACAAUGAAAAUCCUGACUAUCGCUACAUGCAAUACUCGGAAAGUAGAAGAAGGUGUGGCAUCCAUCUCUGCUUUAUAGCUGAAAAAUCACAGCUAUGUACAUUGGUUCAGUUUCUUUUAGAUGCUGUACAGAUAUCUCGGGGGAAUAUGAUAUAGCCGACUCCAACUUGUUUCGAAUUGAAGCGUAGUUGUUGUACAUAUAUCUUGGAGGGAAUUGUAACUUUUGUAGUUUAGGGUGAACCUAUUUAAUGGUGCUCUUGAUAUGUAUAGGCAUAGAAAUUAGGGAACUGUUGUAUCUAAUACAGGAAAAACACACUUGUGUUUUUUCAAAUUGAAUUGCAGGACUAAUUAAGAUUGAUAUAUCUAUUACUAACAUGUUUCCUCUA